GGGCCGCGCCGCAGCCAGACGGAGCCCGGCGGCCGCCGCGGCAGCAACAGGCGGCGGGCUGGGCUCGGGGCGCAGGCGGCGCGGGAGCGGGCGGGAGCCGGAGCGCCGCGGCCCGCGCGGCCGGGUCCCCGCCGCAUGGAAGAGCAUCUCAGCCUGCUGAGCUCGCCGCCGCCCGCCGCCCGCCACCGCGCCCCCCCGGCCCCGCGCCCCGCCGGCGGCGGCGCCCGCACCCUGGUGAACCCGGGCUACGCCGAGUCGGCCGCGGGCCCCGAGCUGCCGCCCGACAUGACCGUGGUGCCCGGGGACCACCUGCUGGAGCCGGAGGCGGCCGGCGGCGGCGGCGGGGACCCGCCUGAGGGCAGCUGCGGCGGCGGCGGCGGCGGCGGCUGUGACCGUGACCGCUACGAGCCGCUGCCGCCCGCGCUGCCGGCCGCCGGCGACCAGGACUGCUGCGGGGAGCGCGUGGUCAUCAACAUCUCGGGGCUGCGCUUCGAGACGCAGCUCAAGACCCUCUGCCAGUUCCCCGAGACGCUGCUGGGCGACCCCAAGCGGCGCAUGCGGUACUUCGACCCGCUCCGCAACGAGUACUUCUUCGACCGCAACCGGCCCAGCUUCGACGCCAUCCUCUACUACUACCAGUCCGGGGGGCGCAUCCGCCGGCCGGUCAACGUGCCCAUCGACAUCUUCUCCGAGGAGAUCCGCUUCUACCAGCUGGGCGAGGAGGCCAUGGAGAAGUUCCGCGAGGACGAGGGCUUCCUGCGCGAGGAGGAGCGGCCGCUGCCCCGCCGCGACUUCCAGCGCCAGGUGUGGCUGCUCUUCGAGUACCCGGAGAGCUCGGGGCCGGCGCGGGGCAUCGCCAUCGUGUCCGUGCUCGUCAUCCUCGUCUCCAUCGUCAUCUUCUGCCUGGAGACGCUGCCCGAGUUCCGCGACGAGAGGGGCUACUUCGCGCCGCCGCCGGCGCAGGAGCUGCCGGAGGGGGCGGGCAACGGCACGGCGUCGGGGGCCGCCGCCGCGGGGGCCUCCAGCUUCUCCGACCCCUUCUUCGUGGUGGAGACGCUGUGCAUCAUCUGGUUCUCCUUUGAGCUGCUGGUGCGGUUCUUCGCGUGCCCCAGCAAGGCCACCUUCUCGCGCAACAUCAUGAACCUGAUCGACAUCGUGGCCAUCAUCCCCUACUUCAUCACGCUGGGCACGGAGCUGGCCGAGCGCCAGGGCAACGGGCAGCAGGCCAUGUCCCUGGCCAUCCUGCGCGUCAUCCGGCUGGUGCGGGUCUUCCGCAUCUUCAAGCUCUCCCGCCACUCCAAGGGGCUGCAGAUCCUGGGCCAGACGCUGAAGGCGUCCAUGCGGGAGCUGGGGCUGCUCAUCUUCUUCCUCUUCAUCGGCGUCAUCCUCUUCUCCAGCGCCGUCUACUUCGCCGAGGCGGACGACCCCACCUCGCGCUUCAGCAGCAUCCCCGACGCCUUCUGGUGGGCCGUGGUCACCAUGACGACCGUGGGCUACGGGGACAUGCACCCGGUGACCAUCGGGGGCAAGAUUGUGGGGUCGCUCUGCGCCAUCGCUGGCGUCCUGACCAUCGCGCUCCCGGUCCCCGUGAUUGUCUCCAACUUCAACUACUUCUACCACCGGGAGACCGAAGGCGAAGAGCAAGCCCAGUACAUGCACGUGGGCAGCUGCCAGCACCUCUCCGCUUCGGCCGAGGAGCUGCGGAAAACCAGGAGCAACUCCACGCUGAGCAAGUCGGAGUACAUGGUGAUCGAAGAGGGGGGCAUGAACCACAGCGCCUUCCCCCAGACCCCCUUCAAGACGGCCAAUUCCACUGCCGCCUGCACCGCGAACAAUAACCCCAACUCCUGUGUCAGCAUCAAGAAGAUAUUUACGGAUGUGUAGCCUACCAUCCCAGUGACCUGCUGUGCUCAGGCUCGUGCGGACCGUGCUCCCCUGGUCUGUGUAUGCCCUUGUUUUAGACAUUUCCAGACCAUCCAUCCAGGAAAGGACAGGAGGAAGUGGAGCGCGCACUUCACCCCCUCCCCUCACCCCCCCAGGACUGCUUCACACUGAAACAGGUGUCUGUUUUGCAAGUGGGCUGCAUUCUGUCAGUUCUCUCUUUCUCUCUCUCUCUCUCUCUUUCUCUCUCU